AUGCCCCCAAAAACUGUUUACAAGCCGGCACUGAACGCCGAGACCGCUGACUUACUAAGCCAUCUCAAGAGACUUGCAGGGAAGCAGCACGAUGAGGCCCUGUUUGCCUGCGGUGGUAGCAUCGCCAUCCUUCACCCAAACAAUACGACGGAUUCAGUCAGGUCCAAGGACAACACAGACGAUUGUCUUCUCACGUUUUAG